AUGCGCUGGCGUUUACUACUGAUAGGCACUCUUGCACUAGCACAAAGAGAACUCAGAGAACCAGGCCGUCGUCAAGGUCGUAAUGCAUACAAAACAAGAAGAAAUCGUCGCUUAGACGGGACCCGCCGUCGACGCUGGGGAACCACAGAGCCUCUAACGGGCCCUCAUGUUUGCGGCAAUGGAGACAGAAGAUAUUGCUGCGCAGGUUGGAGACAACAUAAAGGAUCCAGCGAGUGUAAUAUUCCGAUUUGCGCUCCGAACGCGUGUGGCGAUGGAAUUUGCCACAGUCCUGGCAUGUGCCGCUGUGCCGAUGGCAAGCUCCGAAAGCGCUGUAACGAGGACGAAUUCUUCGAGACGGAAGCCCGCUGCUCGAGUCCUUGUCAGAAUGGCGGGCGAUGUAUCAACGGCGAGUGCGAAUGCCCAGAAGGUUUCACCGGUGCUCACUGUGGUCAACCUAUUUGCGGGGCAAGUACUAAUGGAGUAAGUGGCUGCAGAAAUGGUGGUCGAUGUAUUGGAGUUGAUAAGUGUGCCUGUGUCUAUGGAUUUUAUGGAGAUAACUGCGAAGUUGACUAUCGAAGAGGACCUUGUUUCGGAAAGAUUGACAAGGCGAAAAACGAAUGCUCUAGUCAAGUUUUAUCCGAAUACUCAACGAAAGAACAAUGCUGUGCCACAGUCGGACAAGCGUGGGGAGAUCCAUGCGAAGAGUGCCCAGCUCGACCUGGUAACUGCGGCCGCGGCUAUGACUCAAACUGCAAUAACAUUAACGAGUGUAUUGAUAUCAACGGAAUUUGCAAGGGUUGUAAAUGCAGAGAUACGAUCGGAAGCUUCGUUUGCAUCGCUCCCGAAGGUUUUUACUUUGAUGAAGACAAAAACGAAUGUCUCGAUCUUGACGAGUGCGCUGACAGCCCAUGUGGAUCUGAUAAUGAAUGCACCAAUCUUCCUGGAGGCUACUCUUGUGACUGUGCUGAGGGAUACAUCAAGACUGUGGACCAAGAUGGCAAACAAACUUGCAUUGACAACAGACCAGGUACCUGUUUUGAACAUGUUUCAAACAGCGUCUGCACUGAUCCUCUGAGCAAAAUGCUCACAAAAACUCAAUGCUGCUGCCUUGGCAACUUCGCUUCCAGCCCUGGUCAAUGCUUUCAAGGCCAAGAAUCUUCUGGAAUCGACAACUGUCCAACUGUUGGAACUGAAGCUUACAGUAUGCUUUGCGAUAAUGCUGAGACUAUUGAUCCCAAGAAUCUUGGACCCGAUGGCUCCGGACCUGACCCAAUCACUGAUAUCUGCGAGUCAAAGGGACUUUGUGAGAAGGGCGUUUGCAUCACUGAUGAAAAGGGCAUCCCAAUGUGUCUUUGCGAUAAUGGCUACGAACCUGAAACUGUUGAUCUCCAGUGCCGCGAUAUAAACGAAUGCGAAACUGGAGAAGGACAGUGUGAUAACGGACGAUGUGUCAAUACCGAUGGAGGAUGGUACUGUGAAUGUGAUGCUGGAUACGUUCCAAGCGGAAAUGGCCAGGAGUGCGAGAACAUCGACGAGUGCGCUGAAGGUCUUGCUCAGUGCGCCAAUGGAAAAUGCAUUGAUAGAGAUGGUACAUGGGCUUGUGCGUGCGAUGAAGGCUUUCAGCCUGACCCUCUUCAGCGAAACCAAAAAUGUAUUGAUAUCGAUGAGUGCAAUAUCGGCGGAAACAAAUGUGCAAACGGAGUUUGCUCAAAUGUAAUUGGAGACUACCAGUGCGUUUGUGAAGUUGGCUACGAGCGAGGACCAGACCGCAAAUCUUGCCAUGACAUCGAUGAGUGCGCUAAUGACCAUGCUUGCAUCAAUGGCGAGUGCAAAAAUACCCCCGGCUCAUACAGAUGCGCUUGUAACAAGGGAUACAAAUACAAUCCUGAGCAAGGAAUUUGCGAGAAUAUCGACGAAUGCGAGUUCCAUCCUUGCCAGGGUGGUACCUGCACUGACACCGACGGCGACUUCAAAUGCGAAUGCGGGAAGUACCAGAUGCUUGAUGCUACUGGUCGAAGAUGUGUCGACCAGCCAAAUGGCCAGUGUUUCAGAUCAUCGAACAAGAAUGGACGUAAAUGUGCUGCUGACAGCAUGCUUCCUAACCAGAUGUCAAGACAAGACUGCUGUUGCCACGCCGCUGAACUCGACCGAACUUCCUCAUUCAGACUCAACAACAAAUGUGAUGUUUGUCCUGCAGUAGGAACAUCAAAUUUCAAUGAGCUUUGCAAGGGAUCUGAGAAGCCAGACAGUUAUUGCGAUUUGGAACUCAAUCCAUGUGGCAACAACGGUCAAUGCUACGAUGUCGAUGGAGGCUACGAGUGUCAAUGUGAUGAGGGAUACGAGCUGCACCCAUCUGGAACUCUUUGUAUUGACACCCCAGAAUGCGAUACAAAAUGCCUUAACGGUCUUUGCACAGAGCUUGACGGCAGCUUCGAAUGCGUCUGCCCAAGUGGACAUCACUUCAACGAUAAAACCGGAAGCUGCGAUGACGACGAUGAAUGUCUCGAGCGACCUUGCUCUGGCGGCCAGUGCAUAAAUGCUCCUGGAGGAUUCGAAUGUGUUUGUGCUCCUGGACUUGUUCUUGAUUCAACUGGUCUCAUUUGUCUCGACAAGAGAGAAGAAGCUUGCUGGCUUCAGCACGAAGAUGACACUUGCGUUGACAAUAUUCCUGGCCGAUACACUGCUGAGCUCUGCUGUGCUACUCAGGGUAAAGCAUGGGGUGACGAAUGCGUCGACUGUAGUGAGAUUCCUCUUACUUGCAGAAAGGGUUACGUCUUUGACAGAGUCGCCGACCGAUGCGUCGAAGUUGACGAAUGCCAGCUUUUCCCACAGUACUGCUCAGGCAACGGCGCUAAAUGCGUUAACACUGAUGGAUCUUUCUACUGCGAAUGUCCAAACGGCUUGACCCUCGAUGAUUCUGGAAGACGAUGUAUUGACACACGAAAGUCCGUCUGUUUCCCCAACUUCAAUGCAACUCAUCCAUUCUGCCACGAUGCAUGGGAAGGUCUCCAUUCUCGACAGACUUGCUGCUGCUCUAUUGCUGGUGAGGCUUGGGGCGAGGGAAAUGAAUGCCGAGCCUGCCCACGAGAAGGAACUCCAGAGUAUGAUGAACUCUGUCCCUGUGCUGAUGGAAAUUGCUACAAUCCAAACCCGAAUGACCGAGAAAACUGCAAACAGAUCAACAACUGCUUGGAAUUUCCUGAAAUUUGUGGCGAGUUCGGCGAAUGUAAAUUCAACCCUGAAGAUCCCUCGGAUCUCUGUCAAUGCGCUCCAGGAUUUGGAACAACUGAUAAGGGCUUCCCUUGUGUCGAUAUUGACGAAUGUGCUCUUCUUGGAGAUGAUGCUUGUGGUGAAGGAGAGUGUGUCAACACUCCAGGAAGCUUCAAGUGCAAGUGCAAACCCGGCUACGUUUUAGGAAACGAUGGCGUCUGUGUCAACGAUAAUGAGUGUUUGAACAAUGUUUGCUUGGGAGGUGGCAAUUGUACCGAUACCGAGGGAAGUUUUGAAUGUUCUUGCCCUCCAAAUACGCACCUUGCUGAUGAUGGUGUGACUUGUGUGGAUGAUAACGAGUGCGACUUGCAAAUUGAGCCUUGCAUCAAUGGACGUUGUAUCAAUCUUAUCGGCGAUUGGAAGUGCCAGUGUCACAGCGGAUACAAACCUACUCCUGAUAACAAAGGGUGUGUCAAUACUAACGAGUGUUUGGACGACAACGGUGGAUGUGAGCAGCGCUGUACCGAUACAGAAGGGUCAUUCAUCUGCUCUUGCCGAGAUGGCUUUGAGCUCUCUCCUAACGGUUUCGAUUGCAUUGAUGUCGACGAGUGCUCUGAAGAGCCAGCUAUCUGCGGCGGCGGAAAAUGCGAAAACUUGGAAGGAUCUUACACAUGCCACUGUAUCCCCGGCUACGAGCUUGUAUCAAACAGACAGCUUUGCAUCGAUGUAAAUGAGUGUGAUAUCAAUCCAGAUAUUUGCGUUCACGGAAAGUGCACAAAUACGGAAGGCAGUUACACAUGCGACUGCUGGGAUGGUUUCUGUAUCUCUCCUGAUCUAAGCCGAUGUGAUGAUGAGAACGAGUGUGAGCUCGGAACUCAUAUUUGUUCUCCUAAUGCAGAGUGCAAUAAUAAUGUUGGUACGUACCAAUGCCACUGUCAGACUGGAUUCGACGGAGACGGAGUCGACUGCUCUGACGUCGACGAAUGUGAAGCGGAUACUCAUGGUUGUCAUCCAAACGCUGAUUGCAUCAAUAUCCCUGGCGGCUACAACUGUGAGUGCCACCCUGGAUACGUUGGCAACGGCACUGAAUGUGCUGAUGUUAUGGACUGCGACCAAGAUCCAAACAUUUGUGGACCUCAUGGAGUUUGUGUCAACUCUCCUGGUGACUACAACUGUGAGUGCGAAUUCGGAUAUACUCCAAGCUACAAUGGCAAGCGAUGUGAGGACAUCAAUGAGUGCAAAGGAGAUAAACCAGUUUGCAGGAACGGAAACUGUGUUAACAUGGACGGAACUUACGCUUGCGAAUGCCACGAAGGUUAUGAAUUGAACGACGAAGGUGACCAGUGUGUUGACAUAAACGAAUGUCGAUCAGAAACUGAAGAUACUAGCAUCUGCCUCGGUGGAAAAUGCAGAAAUACUAUCGGCUCAUUUACUUGCGAGUGCCCACCAAACUACACUUACAUUCCAGGAGGCAGCGGAUGCGUCGACCUGAGACAAGGAAAUUGCUACGCUGAAGUUGAAUACGGAACAUGCUCUGAUCUUAUUGGACCAAACACAAGACGAGCCGAGUGCUGCUGCUCUGGUGCUGGUUUCGGAUGGGCUGAAGUUGAAGACACAAUCGAAAGUACCUGCGAAGUUUGUCCAGCUAUUGGAUCUGCUGAGCACCUUCAGCUUUGCCCCUUUGGCCCUGGUUUUGAACCCGACAGCAUUCGACUCAUUCCCAAGGAUAUUAACGAGUGCUCAGCAAUGGCUGGCGCUUGCAAAGGAGGAAACUGCAGAAAUUUGGACGGCAGCUACGAUUGCAACUGCCCAGAUGGUUACGAGCUCGACAACACUGGUCGAAACUGUGUCGAUAUCAAUGAGUGCGAAAGCGAGGAAAACCCAUGUGGACCUGGUCAGUGCAUCAAUCAGCUAGGCCACCACCAGUGUGUUUGUGAAGACGGAUACAUCCCAUCAGAAGACGGCCGAGCCUGCGAAGAUAUUCGAAUGGGCGAGUGCUUCAAAUCUUACAACCCUUUUAUGAAUCUAUCAUGCGAUAAUGCGUUCAGCUUCAAGGCAACCAAAAAGGCUUGCUGCUGCGCUAAUGACCUUGGAAAAGCUUGGGGAGAUAGCUGUGAAGAGUGUCCUCAAGGAGAUGAUCGAAUUGCUUUCUGUAAGGAUGCGAAAUCUGCCUGUGACCAGAUUCCAGACCUCUGCCGAGAUGGUUACUGUAUUGAAGAUCCCGGACAUGACAUCAAAUGCGAGUGCAGACCUGGAAUGACUCUCAAACCAGGCUCAUACGAAUGUAUUGAUAACGAUGAGUGUGCUGAUCCUAACACCAAAUGUCCACAGUUCUCCCAUUGCGUCAACAAAAAAGGAAGCUACGAUUGCAUCUGCGAUGACGGUUUUACUGAGCGAAAUGGUGUCUGCGUCAAUAUCGAUGAGUGCUCGAUGAUUGAAGGAACAUGUGCUAACGGAAAAUGUACUGAUACUGUUGGCGGCUUCCACUGCGAAUGUGACAACGGUUAUGAGCCAGAGAAUGACAGCAAGAGCUGCGUGAACAUUGAUGAAUGCAACGACUACCCUAAUAUUUGUGGAUCUCCCGGUGCUGUCAAACACUGCAUCGAUCUUGAAGGAAGCCAUAGAUGUGUCUGCAAUCCAGGUUAUGAGUUUGAUCGCGAAGACCAAGUCUGUGUCAAUAUCAAUGAGUGCGAGCGAUUUGCCGGUCAUGACAAUAUCUGUCAAAAUGGUGACUGUGUCGAUAUUGUUGGCGGUUUCAUGUGCGACUGUGAUGAUGGCUUCCAAGUCAGUGAUGAUUCCAGAACUUGCGUCGAUGUUGAUGAGUGCGAGGAAUAUGGCAAUCCAUGUGUAAGCGGCGAGUGCAUUAAUCUAAACGGGAACUACACCUGCCAAUGCGACCCAGGUUACACUUUCAAUGGCGAGAGCUGUGUCAAUAUCAAUGAAUGCCAGACUGUUCCUGGACUCUGCUCGCACGGUCACUGCGAAGACCUUGAAGGAGGAUUCCAAUGCCACUGCCCCCAUGGUUAUACACAAACCUCAGAUGGAACUGACUGCUUCGAUGAGCGCCAAGGCAAAUGUUUUGUUGGAAGUCGAUCUUGCAACAACGAUGCUCUCGGACAGCUUCUCACCCAGAGCCAGUGCUGCUGCAUGUGUAACGGCGAUAACAGUUGGAGCUACCGAGGAGGUUGCGGAAAGUGUCCUGCCGAGGGAUCUGAAGCUUUCAACCAAAUGUGCCCAGAAGGCUGCGGAAUGUCGACCGGACCCGAUGGACAUCCAAUUGAUAUCAACGAGUGCGAUCUGAUUGAUACUGCUUGUACCAACGGAACUUGCGUCAAUACAGAUAGCAGCUACAAAUGCGACUGUGGCAAGGGAUAUCAUCUCGAUGCUGAUGGCACCACUUGUGUCGAUACUGAUGAAUGCAGUGCUCUCGUUAAUCCCUGCGGUCGAGGCGAAUGCUUCAAUGACGAAGGUGGUUUCACUUGUGAAUGCGACGAUGGAUAUGCACCAACCGGCCCUAACGGAUCCUGCCAAGAUAUCGAUGAAUGUGCUACUGGUGCUCAUCAGUGUGCAUACCGAUGCAAGAACGAAACACCACAAAAUGGAAAGUACUCUUGCCUCUGUCCAUCUGGCUACGAACUCAAACCAGACGGUCGACACUGCAAGGAUAUCAACGAAUGCGCUCAAAACCCUGAUCCAUGUGCCCUCAAGGGUCAAGUCUGCAAGAAUUUUGUCGGGUACUACGUCUGCCAAUGUCCAAAUGGAAUGCGACGAAAUCCUGUCACUGAUCAAUGCCAAGAUAUUGACGAAUGUGCUGAAAACGCAGACCUUUGCGACAAUGGAACCUGUAUCAAUAAGCCAAACGGUGGAGGUUACUGGUGCAAAUGCAAACCUGGAUUUGUGGCCAACAAUGAUAUGACCAAGUGUGAUGAUUCUCGUGAAUUUAUGUGCUACACAACAAAGGUCUCUGGAAUGUGCCUCCAGACAUCCGCAACAAUGUCUUCCGCCGCUGUUCGAUUUGAUGAAUGCUGCUGCUCUGGACAUGGUGCUGGCUGGGGCGAUGGACGAGCUCAAAAGUACAACGCCGUCGAAUGCAGAUCGUGUCCCGAUAAGGACUCAGCCGCUUUCCGAGAACUCUGCCCAGCUGGAAUCGGAUAUGACAAGAAUGGAAAUGUAAUCAAUGACUGUGAUGUUGUGCCGAACGCUUGCGAGAAUGGUAUUUGUGUGAACAAUCAACCAGGCUUUACUUGUGAGUGCGACCCAGGCUACACCAUCGACGAAACUGGCACCAAGUGCAUUGAUAUUGAUGAGUGCGCUACCGACGCCCAUAAAUGUCCAUCACCAGCUAUGUGCAGAAAUACCGAUGGCGAUUACGAUUGCAUUUGUCCAGAGGGUUACGAAAUGAUUGACAAUGUUUGCGUAGAUCUCGACGAGUGCAAGACAAAGAACAACAAUUGUCAAUACAUUUGCACCAAUACCAUCGGAUCGUACGAGUGCGAAUGUCCAAUGGGUUACAAAAAGCGCAACAAUGCUUGUGUUGAUCGAAACGAGUGCGAUGAGCAAUUUAACAUUUGUGGUCCACGCGGUAUCUGUGUUAAUGACCCUGGCUCGUUCCACUGUAUUUGCAAGCGCGGGUAUAGACUCAACGAUAGUGGUGAUGAAUGCGUUGAUCUCAACGAAUGUCAAUCACGAUAUGGCUGCCCAACUGGCUGUUUCAACACCCCUGGAGGAUUCCGAUGCCCGCAACAAUGCCCACCUGGUUACAUGCACUUCCGAGGAAGAUGUGUCGAUGUCAAUGAAUGUAACUCUUCUCCUUGCGGCGCUGGCCAAGUCUGCAACAACUUCCGCGGAUCAUUCCAGUGCAACUGCAGAGCUGGCUACCGAGAUGCAGGCCAAGGCUGCUCCGAUGUAGAUGAAUGCCAGAUCAACGGUGGAACUUGCUCAAACGGUUGUGAUAACGAAGAUGGAAACUACUCGUGCACUUGUGGACCUGACUCUUACAAAGCUGGAAAUGGCUACUGUAUUUCAACUCAGCGUAGCUUUACUCAGCCUGGCUACCAUCGGGGCUGGAACGCGGGUAAGCCUGCCGGACGAGGCCCAGCAACUGCUCGAGUCAUUGGCGGAGAACGACGAUGCUACGGUGGAUCUUGCCACAGCAGACGUCAUGCUAAACGAUACAGACGAGAUGUUGAGAAGAACAUCACGACUAUCGUUGACAGCAUGGAUCCACAAGCCGCAAUCAUCGAAGGUGUACCAAUUGAGAUCGAUCUGACUCGAGCUGAUUACCUCAACGAACCAACUCGCUUCAUGAAGCUUCUGGAGCUCGUUCCUUCUCACUCACCUCUCAAGCAAAAUGUCCGGUAUCACGUGGAAAGCGGCAAUGGAAAAGGAAUCUUCAAGAUUGUUCAGCAUCAAACUCAUGCUACUCUUCUUGUUUCAAAGGAUAAAUUCAACACCCUCCAUUCCGGAAGUUACAACCUUGUCAUCAAGGGCAUCAGCACUCUUGACGAUGACGUGAUUGGAAUUCUUUCUGACAACGUAGACACCAUCCGGCGCGAUCUGCAAAACCCUCUGCCUGGUCUCGAAAUCUUCAUCUCCGUCGACAAUACUUCCUUCUAA